CAAAGCGUACAAAGCGAAAAUCUUAUUGUCACUUUUAUGUCGGAACAGUAAACAUAGACAGAUACUGAGAUAGAAAUCGUCGAACGUGUAAAAAGGCAAUAGCAAGUCAAAAUGUCUGGACGCGAAGGCGGUAAGAAGAAGCCCCUAAAGGCACCGAAGAAGGACUCGAAGAAUCUAGACGAGGAGGACAUGGCCUUCAAGCAGAAGCAGAAGGAGCAGAAGAAGGCUCUGGAGGCAGCCAAGGCAGGUGCCUCCAAGAAGGGACCUCUUGUUGGCGGCGGGAUCAAAAAGUCGGGCAAAAAGUGAUCCCUAGCCGCGGCUUCAUCUGUUUUCCUUAACUGAAUUAAACUAUCCCUAAUUUAAGACUUAAAGAAAUCAAUAUCGUGAAA